CAUGGGGGAUAGUAAUUAUUUGGCUUUCUUCUAUACUGUAAACUUCAUGACCACAUAUGCAUCCGAUUUGCCUGCGCUUAGUUACCAAUAUAAGAAACACCCCUAAAAACACCCCUAAAAACACAACACAUGUUCCCGCUAAAAACACCCCUGUUCAGAAAGCUCUCUCAUUCUACACUUUCCACCUUGACCGCCUCCAUUUUCCACCCUCCUAAUCUCUCUAAACUCGCUGAUGAAUGCUCUUCUUUCACUCAAAUCCAGCAAAUCCACGCCCAAAUGAUCGUCUCUGCUCGCAUUCACGACAACUUUGCUGCAAGCCGAUUACUUUCAUUCUGCGCUCUUUCGAGUUCUGGCAAUUUGAGUUACGCAAUCAGGAUCUUUAACAAUACCCAGCAACCCAAUUCAUUUAUGUGGAACACGCUGAUCAGAGCCCAAGCUGAUAGUUCUAAUCCAAUUCAGGGUUUUAUUCUUUAUAUGAAGAUGCAGAGGAUGGGGGUUUUGCCCGGGAAACAUACGUUUCCGUUUGUUUUGAAGGCGUGUUCUAAGUUACGGAGUGUUAAAUGUUGUGUGCAGGUGCAUACCCAUGUGGUGAAAUAUGGGCUUGAUUGUGAUUUGCAUGUUUUGAAUGGGUUGAUCAGGGGGUACUCUGUUCCGGGUGAUUUGGGGGGUGCCCGGAAGGUGUUUGAUGAUGUUCCUGUGAGGAGUUUGAGUAUUUGGACUACGAUGAUUUGUGGGUAUGCGCAGAAUCAUUGUGCUGAUGAGGCGUUGGUGCUUUUUGAUCAGAUGGUUGGGGAUGAGGUUGAGCCUAAUGGUGCUACAUUGGCUUCUGUGUUGUCGGCUUGUGGCCAAUCAGGAUGCUUAGAUUUUGGGGAGAAGGUUCGUGUUUAUAUGGAGGAGAGAGGGAUUGAAGUGGGGGUGAUUCUUGGAACGGCGUUGGUGAAUAUGUAUGCUAAGAAUGGAGCGAUUUUGUUGGCGUGGAAGUGUUUUGAUGGCAUGUUAGAGAAGAAUAUUGCAACUUGGAAUGCGAUGAUUUGUGGCUUGGCAGCUCAUGGAUAUGCUAAAGAAGCAAUAGAUCUAUUUGGUGAGCUUAAAAAAGAGCAUGUUGUUCCGAAUGAUAUUACAUUUGUUGGGGUUUUAUCUGCCUGCUGUCAUGCUGGAUUGCUUGAUUUGGGUCGGGAGAUGUUUGAGUUGAUGAAUAAGGUAUACGGUAUUGAGCCCAGAAUAGAGCAUUAUGGAUGCUUGGUUAAUCUUCUAGGGAGGGGUGGAAAGCUAAUGGAGGCCGAGGAAGUAAUAAGGAGAAUGAGAUGCAAAGCGGAUGUGAUGAUCUGGGGUGCGCUGUUGAGUGCUUGUAAGAAUCAUGGAAAUAUUGAGAUUGCUGAACGUGUAGUAAAAGAAAUCCUUGCUUUGGAUCCUCAUAACCAUGGGGUUUAUGUUGUUCUAUCUAACAUGCAUGCCGAAGUUGGCCAAUGGACUGAUGUUUCAAGGCUAAGAAAAGUGAUGAAAGAGGAGAGUUUAAAUAAAACUCCUGGAUUGAGUCUUAUCAGUGGGGAUGAUUAAUUGAUGCAUCUCCAUGAAUCUCGGCAAAUCAGGCAUCUCAUAGAUUCUAAUCAGAACCACAAGCUCAGGCUUAUAAUGCACGGAGAUGGUCAAGUUCUGUGAAUAUAAAGAGACAGGUAAUUAUUCUUUUAUACCCUAGGGAGC